AGAAGGAGGAGGAGGAAGAGAGAUUCAACAAGAGGAGAAAGCUCAGUCAGUACCACACAGCUGAGAGGAACUCUACUGAGUAGAGAAGGAGGAAGAGAGAGGAGGAGGAGGAGGAAGAGAGAGAAGGACUCUGCACUACAACACUACUCCUCUACAAAGCGUUUGUUCUUCAAACAGAUCAGAAUAUGGAGACAUGAGGGACAUCUUUACAGGACUGCUUCUUCUGCUCUGACUGAGUUUGAGAGACCAGACUCAGAAACAAGGACCAGCAGAGAGACAGCCCUCGUCCAGGACCAGCAGAGAGACAGCCCUCGUCCAGGACCAGCAGAGAGACAGCCCUCGUCCAGGACCAGCAGAGAGACAGCCCUCGUCCAGGACCAGCAGAGAGAUCAGCAGAGAGACAGCCCUCAUCCAGGAUCAGCAGAGAGAUCAGCAGAGAGACAACCCUCGUCCAGGAUCAGCAGAGAGACAACCCUCGUCCAGGAUCAGCAGAGACACAGCCCUCGUCCAGGAUCAGCAGAGACACAGCCCUCGUCCAGGAUCAGCAGAGACACAACCCUCGUCCAGGAUCAGCAGAGACACAACCCUCAUCCAGGAUCAGCAGAGACACAGCCCUCGUCCAGGAUCAGCAGAGACACAACCCUCGUCCAGGAUCAGCAGAGACACAGCCCUCGUCCAGGAUCAGCAGAGACACAACCCUCGUCCAGGAUCAGCAGAGACACAGCAAUUGAUUUUGACCCCCCUGCGUUAAGGCAUUGUUUGACUACUGUACAAACUGUAAUAUAUGUAGAGGACCUGUGGAACCUCCCUAGUGGAAUCCUGAAUCACUGUGGAACCUCCCUAGUGGAAUCCUGAAUCACUGUGGAACCUCCCUAGUAGAAUCCUGAAUCACUGUGGAACCUCCCUAGUGGAAUCCUGAAUCACUGUGGAAUCUCCCUAGUAGAAUCCCGAAUCACUGUGGAAUCUCCCUAGUAGAAUCCCGAAUCACUGUGGAAUCUCCCUAGUAGAAUCCUGAAUCACUGUGGAACCUCCCUAGUGGAAUCCUGAAUCACUGUGGAACCUCCCUAGUAGAAUCCUGAAUCACUGUGGAACCUCCCUAGUGGAAUCCUGAAUCACUGUGGAACCUCCCUAGUGGAAUCUGAAUCACUGUGGAACCUCCCUAGUAGAAUCCUGAAUCACUGUGGAACCUCCCUAGUGGAAUCCUGAAUCACUGUGGAACCUCCCUAGUGGAAUCCUGAAUCACUGUGGAACCUCCCUAGUGGAAUCUGAAUCACUGUGGAACCUCCCUAGUAGAAUCCUGAAUCACUGUGGAAUCCCUAGUAGAAUCCUGAAUCACUGUGGAACCUUCCUAGUGGAAUCCUGACUCACUGUGGAACCUCCCUAGUGGAAUCCUGAAUCACUGUGGAACCUCCCUAGUGGAAUCCUGAAUCACUGUGGAACCUCCCUAGUGGAAUCUGAAUCACUGUGGAACCUCCCUAGUGGAAUCCUGAAUCACUGUGGAAUCUCCCUAGUAGAAUCCCGAAUCACUGUGGAAUCUCCCUAGUAGAAUCCCGAAUCACUGUGGAAUCUCCCUAGUAGAAUCCUGAAUCACUGUGGAACCUCCCUAGUGGAAUCCUGAAUCACUGUGGAAUCCCUAGUAGAAUCCUGAAUCACUGUGGAACCUUCCUAGUGGAAUCCUGACUCACUGUGGAACCUCCCUAGUGGAAUCCUGAAUCACUGUGGAACCUCCCUAGUGGAAUCCUGAAUCACUGUGGAACCUCCCUAGUGGAAUCUGAAUCACUGUGGAACCUCCCUAGUAGAAUCCUGAAUCACUGUGGAAUCUCCCUAGUAGAAUCCUGAAUCACUGUGGAAUCUAGAACUAUCCUGCCUGGAAUCCUCCAUCUCUUCCCUGAACUGUUGAAUACGUUCUAGAACAGGUUCUAGAGUCAGAAUGGGUUCUACUGUUCCUGUUUCGUCCAUGUUGUUGGUGCUGGUGGUGUUCCACACCUUCACAGUGGGACAGUGUCAGAGCCAACCCAGCCUGACAGGAAAUCUCCCUGUCUCAGCCUUCCACAGUACAGACACCCCCCUGGGUCUGCUACUGGACCCCCAAAACCCCUCCCAAAACCCCCAAGACAUCGCAUCUCUGAACCUCAUUACCCCCAUCUCAUCCACACCCUCUCCUGACUCUGACCGUGGACACCAACAUCUGAAACACGGACCCCAUCACCUCACCUCCAACACGUCGUCCUGGGCAGUGCGUGUUCAGCCUGUAGUGCCCCCUGUCUGCCACCAGGUGACCUUCAUAAAGACAGCCUUUAAAUACAUAAACACAGUGAUUAGCUGUGUGAUAUUCAUGGUGGGGAUGGUGGGAAACGCCACUCUACUGAGGAUUAUCUACCUGAAUAAGACGAUGAGGAAUGGACCUAACGCCCUGAUCGCCAGCCUGGCCCUGGGAGAUCUGAUCUAUAUCACUAUAGAUAUACCCAUCAACGUUUAUAAGCUCCUGGUUGGCUCGUGGCCGUUCGAUGACAGCUCCAUUGGUCUGUUCCUCUGUAAACUGUUCCCCUUCCUGCAGAAAGCUUCUGUUGGCAUCACUGUACUCAACCUGUGUGCCCUGAGCAUGGACAGGUAUCGUGCGGUAGCGUCAUGGAGCAGGGUCCAGGGUGUCGGUGUUCCCCUGUUAACAGCAGUAGAGAUCAUCUCUAUAUGGCUGUUAUCCAUUCUGAUGGCUGUACCAGAGGCAAUAGGAUUCAACAUGGUCACCUUUGAGUACAGGAACGCGACCAUACGGACCUGCAUGCUCAACCCACAGACACCAUUCAUGACGUUCUACCGGGAUGCCAAAGACUGGUGGUUGUUUGGAUUCUAUUUCUGUGUUCCGUUGGCGUGUUCCGCAGUGUUCUACACUCUGAUGACAUGUGAGAUGUUACAUCACAGGAACGGAUCUCUCCGCAUCGCGCUCAGCGAACACCUCAAACAGCGUCGGGAGGUAGCCAAGGCAGUGUUCUGUCUGGUCUUGAUCUUCGCUCUGUGCUGGUUCCCUCUGCACCUCAGCAGGAUCCUGAAGAAGAUGGUUUACAUGCCUCAUGAUGCCCGACGCUGUGAACUGCUCAAUUUCCUGUUGGUCCUCGACUACUUCAGUAUUAACCUGGCCACAGUCAACUCCUGCAUCAACCCCAUCAUACUCUACUUCGUCAGCAAGAAGUUCAAAAACUGCUUCAAGUCAUGUCUGUGUUGUUGGUGUGACUCCAGUUCCCUGAUCGACAGUAUGGUACCUCAGAACCUCAACGGAACCAGCCUACAGAAUAAGAACCCAGAUCAACAGUGUGGUACCUCAGAACCUCAAUGGAACCAGCCUGAAGAAUAAGAACCCAGAUCAACAGUGUGGUACCUCAGAACCUCAACAGAACCAGCCUGAAGAAUAAGAACCCAGAUCAACAGUGUGGUACCUCUGAACCUCAAUGGAACCAGCCUGAAGAAUAAGAACCCAGAUCAACAGUGUGGUACCUCUGAACCUCAACGGAACCAACCUACAGAAUAAGAACCCAGAUCAACAGUGUGGUACCUCAGAACCUCAACAGAACCAGCCUGAAGAAUAAGAACCCAGAUCAACAGUGUGGUACCUCAGAACCUCAAUGGAACCAGCCUGAAGAAUAAGAACCCAGAUCAACAGUAUGGUACUUCAGAACCUCAACGGAACCAGCCUACAGAAUAAGAACCCAGAUCAACAGUGUGGUACCUCUGAACCUCAACGGAACCAGCCUACAGAAUAAGAACCCAGAUCAACAGUGUGGUACCUCAGAACCUCAAUGGAACCAGCCUGAAGAAUAAGAACCCAGAUCAACAGUGUGGUACCUCAGAACCUCAACGGAACCAACCUACAGAAUAAGAACCCCAUAAUGACAAAGCAAAAACUGUUUUGUAGAAAAUGUUGCUAAUUUAAUACAAAUAAAUAACUGAAAUAUUCAAUUUACAAAA